AUGGUCAACUCACGUAAAGAAGACAUUCCAGACUUUCUUAUCAACGACCCAAAGCCAUCCAAAGAGAAAUCCAAGCUGACAGUGCUGGUGAAAAACCCCUACACGGCUACCGUUUCCAAUGAGGGAACGCUCCAAGAUAAGGAAUUAUCUCAAAUGCAGAAAGGUAUUAAGGAAGUGAAGGAUAUCUUUGUGGGACCAACCACUGAGAAAGAACUUAGGCAGGAUGAGUCAACAACGUCACAGUCGUCAGGUCUCUUGGGCACUGUGUUGGGUUUCAUUACUGGUUCAAACGCAAAGGAAGAAGAAAAAUAA